AUGUUUCUCGAUAAACCAGAAAGACCCCCUCGAACCCUACGCUAUGUGGAAGAAGCUUUUAAGCAGGUAAAGUCAAGGAAAAAUGUUCGCGAUGUGGUUAUUCUUAACGAUUCAGGACAUCCGGUAAAAAGUUCGAUGCAUAGGGACGACGCAGUGUACUUUUCGGGGCUUUUUCAGGCUAUCCGAGGAAGAUUAGAGCGUGGAAUGGCAAAAAUAGAUCCCACAGAUGAACUUCUUAUGCUGCGGGUUCGAACAAAAACCAAUGAGGUACUUUUGGUUCCGGACUCAAAAAUUACAGUUCUUGUUGUUCAAAAUGCCCAAGAUAAUUUCGAAAAUGGAAAACCAUCAAUUUAA